GUAGGUCCAUCGUCGGUCAUCUUCCUGUCUUAAAGGGGAAAAGAGAAGGAAGCGGGGACGACGACAGCGAAAGAGAAGAUGGAAUCUGGCGGGGUUGGAGAGUUGGUGGAGAUGUGUAUUGAAGCGGCGAGCGCCAGCCCGGAGACCGUGGAGAAAUGGCGGAGGCAGCGGAGGACCCUCGAACGCCUUCCCGCCCAGCUCGCCGACGCACUCCUUCGCCGCCUCAUCCAUCGCCGCCUCCUUUACCCCUCCUUGCUAGAGUUCGUUGACCUCUCUCCAUACACUCCCCUUUUUAUAAGAAAAUUUCGUGUCAUCAAACCUAGUUUCCUUCUUUCUCUAGCACUCUUUUGAGGAUGAGAUGUUUGAUGUUCGUUGAUUCCUGUGCAGUUCGAAGGCUAACCUAUGAUUCGUAUUUUUUUAAUGCUAAACGUUAUCGUUGAUCUCUUUUUCCCCAUCGAUAAAGGUUUCAUCUUUGUAAAUUCUCGCGGAAUUUGGUGGUUAUUUAAAUGGGUGGUCCUAGAUCCCAAAAUCAUUCUUUGGAACAAAAUCGCUGCCGCUUAUUUCUUAAAUGGGUAUUUUAGUAGCUCUUUUUGUUUUGUAAAUUAGAUAUUAAUUUUGACUCAAUUGUUUUCUUAAAAAUAAAAUUAGAGAUACUUAUGUUAUAUUCUUGUUAUGGUUUCAAAACAAUCCGUCUCUUUUGUGUUACAGGUCUCCAAUUUAUCAUUUAUUCAGACUUUUCCAGCACUCAGUGGAGGAAAUUGACUUGAAAGGUGCAAGCUACGUGGAUGCAGAGUGGAUGGCAUACUUGGGUGCAUUUCGUUACCUGCGUAGUUUAAAUCUUGCGGACUGCAGGGCCAUCAACAAUUCUGCUCUUUGGCUAGUCACAGGAAUGACUAGUCUCAAGGAGUUGGAUCUGUCAAGGUGCUCUAAGAUUACUGAUGCUGGCCUUAAGCAUGUGCUAUCCAUUAAAAAUCUGGAGAAGCUAUGCAUUUCAGAGACUGGAUUGACUGCUGAUGGAGUGAUGCUCCUCUCUUCCCUUAGCAACUUGUGUCUGUUGGAUAUAGGAGGCAUCCCUGUCACCGACAAAGCACUAUCUUCAUUACAGGUUUUGACAAGACUGGAGCACUUGGAUUUGUGGGGUAGCAAAAUUUCCAACAAUGGAGCUGCUGUCCUCAAAACGUUUCCUAGAUUAAGUUUCUUGAAUCUAGCUUGGACCAAUGUCACUAGGUUGCCAAAUCUUCCUUCUCUCACAUGCUUAAACAUGAGCAGUUGCACUAUUCGUUCUAUAUUUGAUGGAGACUGCAAAGCUAGUGCUCCUUUAUCAAAGCUUCUUCUUCCUGGAGCUAUUAUUGAUGAUAUUGAUAAAGCAUUUCGCGGUGUGGAAGUAAACCAUAUGGCAUUCCUUGAUCUGUCUGGCUCGUCCAUUUGCAACUUCCAUUUUUUGGUCAAAAUGAAAAGACUAAAGCAUUUGGAUCUCAGCUUCAGCAGAAUGUCUGAUACUUUAAUUGAACAAGUUGCAGAUGUUGGAGUAAAUUUAAGAUAUUUAAAUCUUAGCAAUACCAAACUCACCACCCAGGGAGUUUGUAUAUUGGCUGGAAAUGUAAUGAACCUUGAAUCUCUAUCUUUAUCUCACACAGCAAUUGACGACACUGCUCUCGCAUAUAUUGGUAUGAUGCCUUCUUUAAGAAUGCUUGAUUUGAGCGCUACAAAUAUCAAAGGUUUUGUUUACUGGCAAAGAGAUGAUUUAGAAAAAAUAUUUUCACUAAGCAUGCUUCAGAAUCUUAGUCACUUGGAAAGUCUAAACUUGGAAGAGACAAAAGUAAGAGAUGAAGCAAUCUAUCCCUUGGGAUUCUUGAGGGGAUUGAACUGUUUGUAUCUGAAGAGUGAUUUCCUAUCAGAUAUCUCCUUGCAUGCCUUGGCGUCUCUGUCAAACUUGAAAUUUCUUGGAUUCCGUGGUGCUGUAUUGACCAACUCUGGGCUUCUUCUAUAUAUGCCUCCAUUAACACUUCGUGUACUAGAUCUGAAAGGAUGCUGGCUCUUAACUGAGGAUAUUGUUUCAUCGUUUUGUAGAACCCACCCUCAUAUUGAGGUGAGACAUGAAUCUGUUCAAAUGAUCUACACUAAUGAAAAUGUUAGUGCUGGUUCAUCCCCAUUCCACAGAACAACCCAAGCACCAAAAUUGAAAUCAAAGGGGGGAAAAUUAUCACAAGCCCCAAGUGGAUUCCCAGAGGUUGCUUUUGCAGAUGAAAGAAUUAAAUAUACCAGAGAGGAAUUGCUGGAGUUGCAGCUUUUGCCUCUAUCAAGUUUUGCACUCUGUGAUCCAGAUGUGCUGCCAAAAGUGCUGAGGAAGGAAUAAGAUAGAUAUAUGUAAUUUCAAAAUUUUUAUUCAUUUUCAAUGCAAAUUUGUUGUGAUUAUAUUAUAAUAUAUUGUGAAAGGAAAUUGCAUUCCGGUCCUUAAUAUGAAGUCAAGCAUUUUUUUUUUCUUUUCCCAAUUUGCUUCCAACUUGCUGAGCCUGUUGUUGUUUAUGCUUCGUAUACCGUACAAUUAGAGUAUGUUAUUUCUGUUGGAAAUGGAUAAUUAUGAAUGAGCCUCGUUGACA